AUGGCGCUCCGGUUUACCGGCCGCGACUCCCUGACGGCGCUCACCUACCGUCUCGCCGAGCAGUUGGCGGUCACCUCCGCGGAGGACCGUGGCAAUCUCAUCUUCUCUCCGUUGGCAAUCUACUCGGCUCUCUCUCUGGUGGCCGCUGGCGCCCGCGGCAGCACCCUGGACGAGCUCCUGGCCGUCCUCGGCGCCAGCUCCAGUGGCGAGCUCGCCGAGAACGUCCUCUUCGUGGCGGAGCACGCGCUCGCCGAUCGCUCAACGUCGGGCGGGCCACUCGUCGCGUUCGCGUCCGGUGUGUGGCACGACGCGGGGCGACCACUGGAGCCGGCCUACAAGGAAGCCGUCGUCACGUCGUACAAAGCCGAGAUACGCGCCGUCGACUUCCGCAACAAGCCGGAGCAAUCAAGGAAAGAAAUCAACAGAUGGGUCGCGGCAGCCACGGGCAAGCUUAUCGACUCAAUCCUUCCUCCGGGAUCGAUGGACCAGGACACGGUGGUGGUGCUCGCCAGCGCGAUCUACUUCAAGGGCAAGUGGACGAAGCCCUUCGAGAAGAAGAGAACCAAGGUGGAGAGGUUCUACCUCUUAGACGGCGGCGCCGUGAAUGCGCCCAUGAUGAACACGAGGCGGAGCCAGUACAUCGCCGUGCACGACGGCUUCAAGGUGCUCAGGCUGCCCUACAGGUCACAGGACCCCAGGCGGCGACGCGGUACUGCGAACGUUCACGAACCUGCGGUACCACUGCCGCGGUACUCCAUGUGCGUCUUCCUGCCAGACGCGCACGACGGCCUGUGGGACCUCGUCGACAAGAUCGCGUCCAGCCCGAGCUUCCUGCGCGACCACCUGCCGGAAGAGACGGUGGAGGUCGACAAGUUCCGGCUGCCCAAGUUCAAGAUCUCCUUCUCCAGGAAGCUGUCCCGCGUCCUCCGGGAUAUGGGACUUAAGGUCGCGUUUAGCACUAACAACGCUGACCUGUCUGGCAUGGCGCCCGAUGUCGACGAUGGCUCCGGCAUGCGGAUGCGAUUGGCGCUGCAGGAGGUCUUCCACAGGGCGAUUCUCGAGGUGAACGAGGAAGGCACGGAGGCGGCUGCGGUCACCGUCUGCCAUAUGGACGUAUAUGAAGCCUGCUUUGAGGACGAGCCACCGGUCGAGUUCGUCGCCGACCAUCCAUUUGCAUUCUUUGUGCUCGAGGAAGUAUCCUCUGCGGUCGUCUUCGCGGGGCAUGUACUUGAUCCUUCAUGA